AUGCCUUCGUGGAUACAGGCCUCUAUCCGCUCAACCCUCUGCGGUAAACGAGCUAGAGUUUCAAGUAUUCGAGCAGCAGCUGUCACCAAGCGUGACGAAUACUCCUCUGAGAGCGACGCUCGUACGAAGGAAUGUUCAGAGUUUAGCAAGCUAAUAUUAAGGGAAGAAAACAGUCUAAAGCUCCACCGUGGUAUUUCGAAGCUUCCCGAUCUCUACCAGACCACUGCAGAGUACCUUGACCAGACCGCGGACUUUCCACAUAAUACCACGAAGAAGCAAAGAAAAGGGCCUAAGAAAAGGCUACCAAAGCACUGA